CACAUAUACAAUACAUUUAAAAAGUCAUGCGAAGAGUUUGACAUAUCUCUCCUCCUCUUAUUUUAUUUACCCCAUCAAAUGACGUUUAGUCAAUGAUUUAUAUUAUCAAACAUAAAUAUAUUUUUUAGUGUUAUAUUUAAUAAUUAUUAUAAAUAUGUGUAUUGAUGUGUUAAUUAUAAAUAUAUUAAUUAAUUUUUAAUAGUAUUAUUAUAAUUUAUUGUGGUAUUAAUUGUAAUAUGGAAGAAUGAUUUUUAUUGAAAAUAAAAUUAUACUGGUGCUGGUUUUGGUAUUACCAGGAUGGCAAUAUAAACAAGUAUAUGCUGAAAAAAUUGAUGAAAAAAUAAAAACAAUUGAAGUUGAUAUUGGUGAUAAUGUCACUGUUGCAUGUGCAAAUGAUGAUAUUGUACAUGAUUCAAAUGACAAUGCAAAUGUCAUGUGGGUCAGAGAAGGACGUAAUUCAGCACAAAUUGAAAGAAUGAAAAUUGGACAAAAUAAAGCAUUACAAUUAGUUAAUGUUAGUCGUGAUGAUGCUGGUAAUUAUUUUUGUACACUUGAUAAUGAUGGUGGAUCAAAAAAAUGGAGUAUUAAUAUACAAGUUAAAACACCACCACCACCACUUCAUAGAGUAUGGGUUAAACCAUCAACAAUACUUGCUAAUUUAUUAUGGGAAAUUAAUGAAACUGGUGGUUAUCCAAUAAUUGAUUUUACUGCUCAAUAUCGUCCAAAACACGUUGCAGAAAAUGAACCAAAUGAUUGGCUAUCAAUUAUACCAGAACAUAUUCCUCCAAAUUCUAGACAAAUUGAUGUUUAUCAUUUGGAGCCAAAUCAGACAUAUGUUUUUCGUGUUUGGGCAACAAAUAGACUUGGUGCUGGUAAAGCAGUUGAAGUUGAAGGUCAUACUCGUAUCACAAAUGAGGAAUAUGAACUAGCAAAACAUUUGUUAGAAGGUGCUGAAAAUUUUGAUACAAGAGUAUGGAUUGCAGCUGUGGGAAUUGUUAUGGGAACAUUACUGAUUCUUGGUUUGGGUACUUGUUGUCUUCUCUAUCGCGAGUGCAAAGUACCUUCUGGAGGAUCAGGAGGUGAUUGAACUUGUACCAAACAUCAUUCUAAAUCCUGGUUUUAGUGAUGAGAGAAGUGAACGUAUACCACAAGAUGAUAAUUAUAACAAUCAUAAAACCACACGACUGAAUAACAACAAUAUUAUUGUACUGCCAAAACGGCUCUAGCCUUUAUUUCAAUACAUUAUUAAUCCAAGAACAAUCAAGGUAUGAAGCUCAUUUAAUUUUUAAUUUUUUAGUUUUUUUUUUUUCUGAAUUAAUAUUGUUUAUUAAUUAUUAAAUCAAAUUUUAAAAUCAAAUUAUUUAUUUAAUUAUUUUUUAAUGUAAAUUAUUAGAGACUGAAAUUUUUGUACUCGUUAAAUAUUUUCACAAUAACUCAAUUAAUCUGAGAUUUUAAUUUUUGACUGAUUACUAAAAAUUGCAUCGAAGGAUUUUUAAUUUUUUAAAUUCAAGUUGUUGAUAAAAAAAAUAAUGUUUUUAAAAUAAUGCAAUUGGAAAUACAUAAAUAAUAUAUUAAACUGGUUAACGUCCAUAAAAAAAAAAAACUAUGAUUCUUUUUUUUCAUGGUUUAAUAAUAAUAGAAAAAAAAAGGAUUUUUAAUUUCAUAUUAAAAUUGAUUUAAAAAAUAAUAAUAAGAAAGUGUUCAAAAUGGAUUUUAAAAUUUUUACAUAAUUUUUUACAGAAAUAAUUUUUUGUAUAUAAUAUGAGUGAUUGUUUUAUUUAUUUAUAAUAAAAUAUUUAUGGGGAAUAAACGUACCGAUCUGAUUGAAAAAAAAAUUAUUAAAUUAUAUUUAGUUAAUGUGUUUUUAAAUAAUGUUAAAAAGUAUUAUGAUUUUAUUAUUUUUCUGUGAAAUGAACCUUAAAUUGUUUAUCAUUUAUUUAUCUAAUAAUUAUAAAUAUUUUAAAUAAAUUAAAAUUAUUUUAAGCAAUUGUUUAUUUGUUAAAACAGAUCGGUCAUUAUAUUUCAAAAUAUUUUAUUAUUAAAAAUACCCAAACACUCAAAUUAUAAACAAAAAUAUAAACUCAAAAUUUUUAAAAUUGUCGUUUAAUAAAAGCGGUCAAUAAUUGUUGUUGUUCGUCGACUGGAUUGUUUUUAAUUGAUAUUUAAACCAAAGAAUAAUAAAAAAUAAUAAACGUAAAUUAAAUUAAAAAAAAAAAUAAUCGAAAGACUGUAAUUGUUACAAACCACAGUUAUCGAAAUGAUAAAUUUUUUUUUUUUUUUUAUAUAUCUAUCUUGUGGUACUGUCCGAGAAUUGUGAUUUUGACUUGAUAAUUUAUAUUCAAUCAAUAUUUAUUUUAUUAUACAAUAGUAAUAUUCAAUGAUGCAAAACAUUUUCGAAAAGAAAAAAAACAAAAUUAAAAAAAUAUAAUAGAUAUAAAAAUAAUUUAUUUUUAUUUGUUUUAACAAAUCGAGUUUGCGUUUUUGCUCUCGUCAAUAAACCGGGUAAAUAAAUUCCAUGAUGAAAAAAAAAAAAUAAUAUAAAAUAUACUAGAUUACAUUUCAGUAGAUUAAUUAAUUUAUUUUAAUUUUAUUUAUCGAUUUUUAAAUUGAAAAAGUAUGUUUAAAUUACUUUACCGUAAUAACGCUUUUACGCAGCCUUAAAUUAUAUUUAAAUUAUUUGUUUAAUGCUUAUUAAAAAGCAUAAUAAUAAUAUUUAUUAUAAACUUAGUUAAAAAAAAAAAACGUAAAAACAAGUUUAAAUUUUAGAUUAAAAAAAAAAAUGCCUGCACAGUAAUAAUUUAAUAUUGUUUUUAAAAAAUAGAAAAUCAAUAAAAGCCUAAUCACAAUCAUUGCUUGAUAAAUUAAAUUAUCAUUUUAAAUAUAUAAAAAGAGGAAAAACAAAUUUAAUAAAAGGCAUAUCACAUUCAGGCUCAUACAAACAUUUCAUCUAGAAAAAAAAAAUUUAUAUAUCAUCAGAAUAAGAAAGAGUAAAAAAAAUAAAAUCAUAUUAAAGUGCAGAGUUUAAAAUUAAAAAUCAUUACCAAUUAAAAAUACCAAAGCUAUUUUAAUUUAACACAAUUUGCUGGAUUAAAAAAAAAACAAAUAUAUAUUAAUUGAUAAAUAAUAGAUAAAUAAUUAUUGUAGUAAUAAUUUUUUUAGUAAAAUUUUUUAAAAACACACAUGGUUGUAAAACUGGUUGUAUGUAGGAAGCUUUUGAAUGAUUAAUAAUUCCUGUAUUGCAAUAUUAAUUAGCACAAUCAAAUUGAAUAAAAAAAAAUAUAAUUUUUAUAAUUUUUGAUGAUUAAAGGUAAUAAUUAAAUAAUAACAGGAAUUUAAAUUCAAUCAAAUGUAAAAGCUUCGUGCACUCUGUGUUGUGAAUGGUCGCUAUCAAGUAUAUAUUAAAUAAAAAAAUAUUUACAAUAAUAUUCAUAAAUAAAAACAAACAAAUAAAUAUAUAUAACGUAUAAAGUAACAGGAUAAUAAUGGAAACAAUAUAAAUUAUAUAUUUGAGUAUAUUUAUAUAGUCGGAAUUUGAAAAAAAAAAACAAAAAGAAACAAAAAAAUCAUUCAUAAUAUUUUAGUCACUAAGCAAAGACAAUUUUUUAUAAACAAUUCAAAUUAAUUGAUAAAAAAAAAAUGCAUUUGCAAUAUUUAUCUACUUAUAAAUUAAUAAAAUCAUAGUCCAUCAAAAAUUAAUUAUCAAUAAUUGAAUAAUUAAUUUUAUAGCAUGCUUAAAGAAAAAAAAAAACAAAAAGAAAAAAAUUAAUGAAUCACUUUUUGCAAAAUAGUUUCAGUAUUAAAAAAUAAAUAAUUCAAAACCAAAAAUAGUAAAAAUAGUUAUUUAAAUAAAUCGUUGAAAAUUAUUCUUGUAAUCGAACAAAAAAUAUAUAACAUUUUUUUGUGUAGAUUUACUAGAAAUAAGAUAUAGAAAAAAAAAAAAAAUUGUGUCGAAAAAAACAAACAAAUAAUUCAUUUUGUUUAUAAAAACAAAAAAAAAUUACAGUAUUUUUAUAAUUUAGUUAUUUAAAAGUUAUAAAUAUUAUUAUUAUUAUUAUUUUAAAAUUUUAAAUUUUUGUUAUAUAUUUUCUUUUUUUUAAGUUAAUUUUUAUUUAUUUAUUUUAAAACGUUUGGCACAUAUCAAACGCUAAAUCCCGCCGAAUAAUAAGCAUAAUAAUAAAUUGAUGGAUUAAUUAAUUAGCAAAAAUAAAAAAAAACAAAGUAUCUUCAUGUGUGACUGUACCAAAA